AUGGUAGCCAUCUCACUGGCAAACAGCACGGGUGGGAGAUGUCGCAGUCUGGAUCUCCGGUCACGCAAUCGCUGGGUGGCAGGGGCUUGUCUGGACCCAACCCCGGUGGAGAACCCCGGUCUCUCGCCCGCUCUCACCAUCGCCGCCUCCGUAACCGCCGAUGAUUGGGCCAGCAUUGCGGCGGGAGGCGAGAAAUGCGACGUUCGGUCGAGGUCUGGACGAGCCGCAAUGGGUGAAGCAACAUCGGUGACUUUGUCAACACCCCGGCCGGUGACCGAGGAGCCCAUCAACUAUGGGCCCCCAGAAGAAGGCAUCUUUAAACACAUUUCAAAGAUCAUUCCAUACUUCCGCGACCCUAGGAAUGUCCUCGUCUUCAAGCUAGAUGUCAUGCUGCUUGCAUGGAUGUUCCUGGCAGGUAUCAUGAAGGAGAUGGACCAGUCCGCCACAACCCAAGCCUACGUUUCGGGAAUGAGAGAGUCUUUGAGCCUAUACGGCAACGAGCUGGUCGAAUUCAAUACCUUCUUCUCCAUCGGAUAUGCGCUCGGCUUAGUACCUGGUCAAUUGAUUCAGACGAGGGUCCGGCCCUCAAUGUUUCUCCCAUUCUGUGAGAUGAGUUGGGGACUGCUGGUACUCUUCACUUACAAAGCCCCGAAUGCCCAAACCAUCUUCGGCCUCCGAUUCUUUCUCGGCCUCUUCUCGUCCGCUUUCUGGCCCAGCGUCGUCGCCCUCAUCUUCAACUGGUAUACCCCCGCCGAGCUCGCCGUCAGAGUCGCCUGCUUCACAGUAUGCGACGUUGCCGGCGCCAUGUUCCUCGGAGCCCUCCAAGCCGCUCUAUUCCGCGACAUGAACGGCGUUCACGGCCUCGCUGGCUGGCAGUGGCUCUUCAUCAUCGCCGGUUCCGUAAUCGUAGGCCAGGGUCUCAUUGCCUUCGUCACGGUGCCCGACUCGCCAGCAAACACACGUGCCAUCUACCUCACCGAGAACGAGAAGCGCCUGGCUCGCGAAAGGAUGGGCAACUCCGGCGUCAACACAUCCAAGCGCAUCCCGGCAUCGGUGCUGCGUCAAAAACUUCGGAAGCUCAUCGUUCACCCAGUCACGUAUUUCUAUCUCUUCUCUUUUGCCUUUGGGGCGUGGGCUCAUCGAGCCAAUUCGUACUUUGUGCUGUACCUCGAGAGCAUCAAAGAUUCAGCCGGCAACCGCGUUUACGAUACGUAUCAAGUGAAUAUCCUGCCCUUGGGUGGCUACGCCUUGCAGAUUGUCACCAAUAUUGGGUUGAACUGGCUAUCCGACUGGAAACGUUGGCGUUGGCAAAUAAGCAUCUUCUCGGCCGCCGCUCACGGCAUCUGCCUAGCUGUACUAUGCGGAUGGCCCUCCGACCAUAAAGUCAUUCUCGCGUUCUACUUCCUCACAUAUGGCACCAACGCCGGUAGCCCGUCACUAAUGGCAUGGAUGGCCGAAAUUCUCCGCAAGGAGCCCGAGGCCCGAUCCAUCAUCGUGGCAAUGACAGUGACCGUUGUUUACGUCGGCCACGCGACUAUACCCUUGGGAGCGUUCCGCGUCGCAGACGCCCCGAGAUAUCCCAUUGGCUUUCCUCUCACAACUGCAUUUACCGUUGCUACAAUCUUGGUUCAACUAGGAAUGCUGUGGUGGGAUAGAAGGCAUCCAAAGAUGGCUGAGCUUGGAUACGAGCCGGCCAUCAAUGCUCAAGGGUCAUCGGACGAGGAGAACCCUAAGACUGCUGAACUGGAGGCCAUCGCCAAUGGGGCGGACAGCAAGUCGACUCAAAUCUUGGGCACAAAGGAGUUAUAG